AUGGAUCCCAUGGAGAGCAUGUCAGUGUCCGGGGGCCGCGUGCCGGCCAACUUCAAUGCGGAGGAUGCCGGAAAUAUGGAGGAUAUGGAGAAGCAAUUUGCCGUCAAAGUUGUCCAGCACAUGCAAACCUAUUGGUCUAUCCUAGAGAAGGUCAAGGGCUCGACUCUGCGUUUAACAAAGAUGGACGAUGAAAUAUACAGCCACCUCAAAGAAGCAUUCCCUGAAUUUGACCCCGCCGCAAUCGUCGACGAGGAUGAGAUGAAGAGCAAAGACGGCAAGGAACGCUGGAGGAACUUCAUGAUGGCAUACGAGAAAAAGGUUGACGACUACAACUUUGGAACCAUGGUGCGCAAUAACGCCAAGGCAGAAUAUGAGGAAAACACUACCAUCUUUGGUGAGAAUGCACCAAUCAUGCUUAAUUGA